GUUUCUUCUGAGCGGCAUCGGCAUUUGCGCUACACUUAUCAUUUGAUUCUUGCCCAGUGCGGUUGUGUUUCCGUGCGCUAGGAGUCCCCAAACCGGUUUAAGUGCCAUACUAGCUGUACUAUAUUUGUAUUUGGAAAAAUUUGUUGUAAACAAAAGAGUUUCAAAAUGAAAAUCGACCUGACGGUGGAUAAUGGCCCGUGCAAUACCGAAUUGCGGAGCUGGUGCCUGGGAAUCGCGAUUUACUGGCUAUUGAGCAUGACUUUCAGCGUGAUAUUCGCUCCAAACGUUCUUAACUUUAUUGGAUUCGCCAUCAUAGUAGUCGCCAAUAUAUGCUUAAUGAUAGGAACCCUCAAGGAAAAGCCAAUUCUGGUGUUCGUCUGGCUGAUCUUUGCUGUCAUUGAAGCCAUCUCCUUUCCGUUUGCCAUCUUCGGGGUUAUCUUCCACUACGGAGGAUAUCGCGAGGCUACCGGAAUGAGUAACAUUUUCGGUGCCUUGUUCGUCUACAUCAUCACAUUUCUAUUGAUCCUCUUCAGCGCCCGAAUUGUGUACUCCUUCUACCUCCAGCUGAAAAACAGCGAAGCCAGCAAACAAACGCCGCACGCCAUGAAUGUGGUUUAGUUCUUAACAUGCUACAUCAAUUGUCGGUGAAGCCCACCGUUCAUCUCAGUGUUUGCAAUAAAAUGCUUUGUUUUUUA